AUGGCCAAACAAUACGGAGGAUAUGAGAAAAUUGGGUUUUUAGAAAAAGACAUUAGAAAUCAUCUAGAUAAGGAACGUCGUUUGGCACUAGAAUCCGGGGAUGCUAAGGCAAUGCUUGAGCUUUUCACGAGAAUGCAAGAAGAGAAUCCUAACUUUUUUUAUGCAAUGGAUUUGGAUGAAGAACAACGUUUGGUAAAUGUGUUUUGGGUUGAUGCAAAAGGCCGAGAAGACUACAAAAAUUUUGGUGAUGUCAUUUCGUUUGAUACAACAUAUAUCACCAACAAAUAUAAGAUGCCUUUCGCUCCUUUUAUUGGAGUGAAUAAUCAUUCUCAGUCUACAUUACUUGGAUGUGCACUACUUGCGGAUGAAACUACUUGUACAUUUGUUUGGUUAAUGAAGACAUGGAUUAGAGCUAUGGGUGGGAAAGCUCCUAGUGCUAUACUAACUGACCAAGAUCAAGCUAUGAAAGCAGCCAUUACGGAGGUUUUCCCAAAUGCUCGUCAUCGUUUCUGUUUAUGGCAUAUAUUGAGAAAGAUCCCUCAAAAGCUUGGUGAAGUUUUGAGAAAGCAUGGAAAUUUUAUGGGAAUGUUUAAUAAUUGCAUCUACAAUUCAUGGACAGUAGAGGACUUUGAGCAAAAAUGGCAGAAUAUGGUUGAAGUGUUUGAGCUUGAUAACAAUGAGUGGAUUAAAUCUUUGUUCGAAGACCGCAAGUUUUGGGUUCCCACUUACAUGAGAGAUGCAUUUUUUGCUGGAAUGUCUACAACUCAGAGAUCUGAAAGUAUCAAUUCUUUCUUUGAUAAAUAUGUAAACAAGAAGACUACAUUGAAAGAGUUUGUUGAGAAAUACAAGGUGGCUUUACAAGAUAGAGAAGAAGCAGCAACCCAUGCAGAUUUUAAGACAUUACAUAAAGAGCCUACUUUAAAAUCUCCAUCACCUUUUGAGAAGCAAAUGCAUGCAAUAGCUAUGCUGCAAUCUUCUGGUGUUUUUAGAAUUCCAAGUCAUUACAUAUUAAAACGAUGGACAAAAGAUGCAAGGAAUGGAUACACCAGUAGACAUAUGUCAAAAGAAGUUGACCCCAAAAAACAGCAUUUCAAUGACUUGUUUCGAAAAGCCAAUAAAUUGAUUGAAGAGGGGUCAUUAUCUCAAGAGAGUUAUGAUAUUGUAAAUCAUGCAUUGGAGAAAGCCUUGAAACAAUGUGCAAGCAUAAAUCAUUCUCUCAAUGGCACAUCAUAUGAUUUUCACAGCGUUGAUAAAGAGAAUGUUAAUAAUAAUGUGUUGUGUGAUAUCAAUGUGCUUGAUCCAAGAGUCUCAAAUACAAAAGGAGCCCCGAAAAGGGUGAAGAAUCAGAACUCGAAUGGCACAAGCAAAUCUUGGACUAUCUAA